AGCCCAAAAUUAAGCUUCGAAAAGAACUAGCCAUCAGGGCCCACUAAGAAGCCUACGUAUCCUGGAAAGAAAGAUCCAACAAUCGCGAGUGAGAUCGAGCAGGCGGAACGCCCAGAAAAAAAAAGCAUGUUGUUCCGCGUCGGCGGCGGCGGCGCAGCAGGCGCUGCAGCAGCGGCAGGGAUGAAGUUGGUACGGUAUUUCUCUCGGAAAUGCGCGCCGGACCUAAAGAGGAUAAACCCCAAGGUGCCAAGAGAGGAGGCCAAGGCCAUAUCUCAAGGCCUCUUCCAGAUCAUCAAAGAGAGAGGACCCUUGUCGGUUUCCAACACUUGGAACCACGCUAAGGAAGCUGGUAUUGAUGGGCUCAGCAGCAAAACCCAUAUGAAGAUCAUGCUGAAAUGGAUGAGAGGAAGGAAGAUGCUCAAACUUUUCUGCACCCACCAUGGUUCUGCCAAAAGAUUUCUCCAUUCUACCCUCCCUGAAGAUCCUCGACCUGUCGAGCAAGAGAUCGUGACUGCUGCACCUUCUGAUAGCCUACAGCCUUCUAUGAGGCAGGAGAAGAAACAGUUGAAGAAGCUGAACAAGAAGCAGAAAAGGUUUAAUGUAGCCUAACAUUUUGGUUCAUUUUUGGUCAUUUAUGUGCAAGUGCUCAACUUUUUUUAGUUUUCUGUUGUGGUAUCCGAUUGAUCUUUUUCCACCUCCAUAUCCUGUGUUUGCGUAGAAACUUUGGGAAGUAAGCAGAAAAUAACGUUUGAUGCAUCUUCUUUAGGCAAUGAUUGAUUGAUAAUCUUGUCAUAGCGUCUAUAUAACACUGCAUUUUGUGGCAAAUUAUGGUGGUAAUGGACUUUGGGAACUACCAUAUUGUAAUUCCUUCUGUAAGGAGAUCUGUAUUUACGCUUAAGAUACUUGUGAGAGGAGGACUGGAGCUUUGGUUCAUUCA